AUGACGUUGAGGGCCGAGCCGCUGUCGAGUCCGGAGGUGGGCUCGUCGAGGAUGAGCACAGCCGGGUCGUGGAGGAGGCUUAGGCCGAUGGAGACGCGGCGGCGCUCGCCGCCGGAGAGGCCGCCGGAGGUGGUGGGUUGGAGCCUGGUGUGGGCGGCGUGGCGGAGGGAGAGGUCGUCGAGCAAGGAGGAGACGGAACUGGAAAUGGCGUGGGGGGAAAUGUUUGGGUUGAAAGUACAGGAACACGCAAAAUGUACAGCCAUGACGCCCAUGCCCAUGACUGAUCUAUUGAAAGGGAACAGUAACUAUGGAACAAAGUGA